UCCAAUCCGAAACGAGCCCAUUUACGACCAUCACCCCGAAAGUAACGCACUAUUGACGAGUUGCACUCCGCACCGCUAUAACGAACUCUACAACCUGCUUGCGUUCCAGCAAAGCUGAGCGUCAUGGCGCACCCACUGCAUGGUAUCGCGCCCAUGGCGGCUACCAUUGGAUUUGACGCUCCCCCCGAUUCAACUUCCUCCUCGCCAGUGACACCGGCAACGCCGGCUGGCAUCAUCGCCGGCCAAGAAUCCAAGAACCUUCUCGCGGGCAACGUCCCACUCUUCAUGAACGGUCACUCGUCUUCCGACAUUGCCGACGUGCUCGUCGCGCACUACACGCGAAUCGUCAACGUCGGCAACGAAUAUGCCGCGCUGCCUGCCUCUGAGCGCAUGUACGCCGGGCAUGACUCGGCGGAUCUCGCCAAUGCUCUUGUGAAGUAUGUCAAAGUCCACCCGACUGAGGGUGUACCUCGUAGCGUAAAGCUUGCUAUAUCUCCCAACGCGAUCCAGGGAGAGGGCAUGAUCGGCUCUAAUGCUUGGACGACAUGGGGCCUAAGAAACGCCGUGGCUGUCCCUGCCAAUGCGGAUGGAAGCUAUACGAUAGAUGGACAUACCUUCCAUGACGCACCCUUUUCCUUCGCCAACACGGUCCAGUCCCUGUACUGGGCACAGAUCAUCUACUGCAUCCUCUGGAUCUUGACCGGCACGCUGCUCCUCUUCAGCGGGUUCGCCUCGUUCAACUGGCUCUCUCGCGCCGGCGUGCGCUCGCGCUCGGCCAUUCUGCCGAACGGCAAGCAGGUCAAGUCGCGCGCUGCGCUGCUCGCAGGCGGAAUCGGCGGCUGCGUCAUUGGCUUCCUCUUCUUCAGCUUCCUCGUCACGCUUGUCCUGUGUGCUGUCUGCGCGCGCAGCGGCAAGGCGCCGCUGGCGCCGCAGGCGUUCUUUGCCCUCUGGUUUGCCCCCAGCCUCGUCCUUGGUCCGUUGCUAGGCGGUCACUGGCGCGUCGUCGGCCGCAGCAUGGCUGGCUUACUCGCCGGCGUCUGCACCGUCCUUCUCGUUACGGCUGUCUUUGGCAUCCAUACACUGACCAUCCGCGUCAUCCUGCUCGCCAUCUUUGCCUCCCUCUUCACCGCGCCGCUCCUCCUCACGGCGCGCAACAGCACCGUGCAGCGCCACCUGCUCGGGGUCUGCACCGCACUGAUCGGCGUCGUAACCAUGCUCACUGGCGUCGCGCUCUUUGCGCCGCCGGAGGACUCGAGCGCAGCCUGGCUCGACCUCUGGGCUCUGCUCUUCGCCCACGACGGAUCCGCGACACAGGCCAACGCGAUCAGCGCGUGGGGCACGCCCGCAUUCAAGGGUUACAUCGCAGGCGGCGUGCUCGGCUGCGUUAUCGGCUGUGCACUUCAGUUCUUCAUCGGCGCCAAGACGGGAAACGACGCGGUGGAGGAAUGGAACGAUUACCUUGGCGGCUGGACGGAACGCUUUGUCAACAAGAGCGGCGCAGCGGUGCCCGGCCCAACCGGAAUGGUCGAGUCGCGUGCGGGCCUGUUCGAGCCCGCUCCGACGGCUUGGCAGCGCGUCGCAGGCCUCUUCAGCGACAAGGACCAGCGGCCCGCCUCGUACGGUCGCGAUCCGCCCAUUACCGCAGGCGCCACCAGCGCGCCGUCGGCCGGCGGUGCUGCAUUCACGGAGCUCAACCCAAACCGCCGCGCAAAGAGCGCAAAGGCUCGCUCAAGCGCCGGCCGCAAUAUCUCGCGCGGGCCUGCACGCUUCCAGGCGCUCGCCCGCGGAGAGAAAGACGCAGAGGCCUCUGAGCUCAGCGACGAACACGACGCUGAUGACAGUGACGACGACAGCUACGCGACCAAUAUCGACGACAGCAGCGUCGACGAUAAGAAGCAGCAGCAGCAGCACAAGAGCGGUGAGCGCGAUGCAGUUGCCGAGCUCAAUAAGGGCAACGGCGGGCUGGAGAACUACCGCGGAUACGCGCUCCCCCGCCCGCCCAGCUACCGGACCGAUAGCUGUGCCUCCAGUGCUGGUGGUAACGGCGGCGCCGGAAGCGGGCUCAGCGGCACGACCAAGGCAUCCUCAUCCUCUUCAUCGGACGGGCUCUCAGAUCCUUCCAAUAGCGGCGGCAGCGAGGAGGUGCACAAGCCGCUUGCAGUGUACAGAGACAGCGCUGCAGUGGCCGCGCCUGCGACGCUGCCGGCUUCCUCAGCAGCAUCGCGCCCUCCGCUGUCAGCUCCAUCAGUGGCCCCACAGUUGCAGGCGCCGCAGCCCGCGGGCGCGCAAACCAUGGUUCCGGCGACGCCGUCGCUGAUCAACGCCAUCACGCGCAUACAGCAGGCCCAGGCGCAGGCCCAAGCGUGGAAGGAGUCACAGUCGCUGGCAGCCAAAAGUGGUGAGAAUUUCGCGCCAUAUGGCAUGGCGAAAAUCGCACCAUCAUCGCCCACGUAUCCGAAGGCGUCGACAGCGUCGGCGCCUGCCGCAGGGAACAGCACUGGCGCGGGCUUUGAGAAGUGGUGGGAGAAGGAGGUAGCCGGAAAGAAAUAGCCUGGUUCCCUUCUUGCUCGCCACUUCGGGGUUUCUAGCGAUUGCGCCGCGUCGACCCCUCGCUAGAUGUAUCAUGGACAAUAUCGGUGUUGCCUUUGCUCCUUUUUCCUUCUUAUCGUUCUUUCGCUAUCAUUCGUCUUUGCGUGCGCGCACAGGCCAGCAUGGCACAUGGCACCGGAGAGUUUUGGGACAGUCGACGCUGUCGCGCAAGCGAGCUUUGGCUUUUUACUGUACUACACGUUUUCU